GUGACGCGCACCUGCACCUGUAGGGUCGCGCGCUCGAUUGUGUUCCUGUUUAUUGUCGCAGCUUUGUUCUCUGGCAGCAGUUUCAUCCUCAGAUCAUUGAGUGGAUUACUUGGAUCAGGAGUCUCAGGAUGCCGAGCCACAAACAUAGCAGCCCAAAUGGAAGCAAAUACAAACAUCGGCACAGUGAGGUCAUGUCCAACCCAGUCUUUUCCUACUAUCAAGGGGACAGGAUGCUUCACUUUUAUCGUUGGACCUCACCACCAGGUGUGAUGAAGAUAAUGAGUAUAAUAAUCAUCAUCAUGUGCGUGGCUGUGUUUGCCUGCGUGGCCUCAACUCUGGCCUGGGACUAUGAUGCGAGCACGUUGGGAGGCGUAAUUCCAGGUAUGGGAUCAUACAGUCCAAACAGCGGCUCCUAUGGUGGCGCGUAUGCUGGCUCUUAUGGAACCAAUUAUGGCACCUCCUACGGUGGCAGUUAUGGCAGCAACCUUGGCGGUGCCUAUGGACAGUAUAGUAAUUAUGGGGGAACACAAAUUGAUCAAGUUAGUGGAAAAGGCUUCAUCAUUGCCAUAGCUGCACUCACUUUUAUUGCUGUGCUUGUCAUCUUCGUCUUGGUGGUUUCAAGACAGACUGCUGCCCGUUCACCCAAGUUCUAUCUGGCUACCAUCAUUAUUUGCGCCAUCUUGGCUUUCCUUAUGAUCAUCUCCAGCAUUGUGUAUCUUGUGGCGGUGAAUCCAAUGGCACAAACGUCAUCAUCCCUGAUGUACAACCAAAUGAUUCAGCUGUGUGCGCAGUACCAGAACCAGCCCCAGGCCCAGGGUCUCUUCAUCAACCAGUACCUCUACCAUUACUGUGUGGUUGAGCCCCAAGAGGUCAUAGCCAUUGUCCUGGGCUUCCUGGUGUUUAUUGCCCUCAUCAUCCUGCUGGUGUUUGCUGUCAAAACUCGUGGACAGAUCAUGCGCUGGGGCCCGGAACGAAUCCUCUGGGAGGAAGUAAAGGUCGUUAAUUCUGGUCAUAAGAACAGUGUUGGAGAGUGGGUGAAAAAUGUGUCCGGUGACCCAGAGGUGAUGUUGAACGACUACAAUGAUAAAGUUGGAGGUUCUAGAGACUUUCUGGACCAGCCGGACUACAACAAGCCUCUGUAUCUGCCAGGGGACUCGGAUAUAAGUAGCUUUGUAGGAGGUGUGAACCCACGGCUGAAGGACUAUGAUACUGGUGUGGAGUCUGGAGAUGACCUGGAUGAAGAGGACUUCAGUGUUUUGUUUCCAUCAAUCUUGGAUGAACACGAGCGUCUGAAGUACAAGCGAGAGUUUGACCGGGACCACCUCGAAUACAAGAACCUGCAGGCUGAGCUGGACAAUGUAAACCAGGACCUGGCUGGGGUUGAAGGAGACCUGGACAGGCUGUCUGAGGGCAGCCCCCAGUUCCUGGAUGCCUUGAAUGAGUACAACAAACUGAAGAAUCUUAAGAAGUCUUCAGAUUACCAGAUGAAGAAGAAAAGGUGUAAAUAUCUCAGAUUCAAGCUGUCUCACAUCAAGAAGAGGAUCAGCGAUUACGACCGCCGCCCGUAAACAUCUGAGCCAGUGGCUCAGGGAAAACACUUUUAUUGUCUUCCUGUUGUUAUGCUUUUAUAAUUCAUUCAUUAAUACCAUUUGGUUUUCCCCACAAAAGACAUGAAUAUAUAAAGUGUUUUUCUUCUUGUAUUUACUGACCAGUUUUUAAACCUCUAAACUCCAUUAUAAA